AUGACGGAUAAGAUGGAGCUUACGCCGCAGUCGCCACGUGGAACAAAGAGGAAAGGCGAUGAUAGUCUUCCACUUCCUGCUCCACGCAGGAUCAAGGCGCUUUCGCAAGACGUCGUUAACAAAAUCGCAGCCGGAGAGAUCAUUGUCGCGCCGGUGAACGCGUUGAAAGAGUUGAUUGAGAAUGCUGUGGACGCAGGAUCAACAGCAUUGGAAGUUCUGGUCAAAGAUGGCGGUCUCAAGUUGCUACAGAUUACUGACAAUGGACACGGCAUCGAUAAAGAGGACUUGCCAAUAUUGUGCGAACGCUUCACGACUUCCAAACUCAAAGCCUUCGAAGAUCUGACCUCCAUUGGCACGUAUGGCUUUCGUGGCGAGGCGCUGGCGAGCAUUAGCCACAUUGCUCAUCUCAAAGUCACUACGAGGACGAAAGAGUCAAGUUGUGCGUGGGAAGCUCACUUUGCCGAUGGCAAGCUUUCAAGCGCGAAGCCUGGCCAGAGCGCAGAGCCCAAGCCCAAGGCCGGCCGACAGGGCACAAUCAUCACGGUGGAAGACAUGUUCUACAAUGUUCCCUCACGGCGCCGAGCUUUCCGCUCCGCCAGCGAAGAGUAUGCAAAGAUUCUCGAGCUUGUCGGAAAGUAUGCUGUUCAUUGCGCAGGUGUUGGUUUCUCCUGUAGGAAGGCGGGCGAAAACAGCGCAGGUGUAACAGUACCUGCUUCUGCUACUGUUAAAGAUCGAAUCCGGCAGAUCCAUGGCAGCGCUGUUGCGAACGAAUUGCUAUCCCUAAACGUCGAAGACGACCGCUGGGGCUUCAAGUGUAACGGUUGGGUCAGUAACGCAAAUCACACGAUCAAACGGACGCAGAUGCUACUCUUCAUCAACCACCGAUCGGUAGAGUCAUCGGUGAUCAAAAAGAGUGUCGAGCAGACUUAUGCCACUUUCCUACCAAAAGGAGCACAUGCAUUCUUUUAUCUGAGUCUCGAAAUCGAGCCUCAACGAGUCGAUGUGAAUGUGCAUCCUACCAAGCGCGAGGUUCAUUUUCUGAACGAAGACGAAAUCAUAGCUGUCAUAUGCGACUCAAUCCGCGAAAGCUUGAGCAAGGUGGACACAAGCCGAUCGUUCAUGACUCAGUCGUUGCUUUCAAAUCCCAAAGUCCCCUUCGCAACGCCCAUGAAACAGAUUAUACCUUCGGUUCCUGCGACAGCUGAUGCAUCUGAUCGCAGCGGCUCAAAGGCGCCGCAAACAGCGACCAAGAAACGAAAUGAUAAUCACCUUGUCCGCACAGAUGCCUCAGCACGCAAGAUUACGUCAAUGUUGCAGCCGCAGAAAUCAGUCGAAGAGAUUGCAAUGGAUGAAGAAGAAAUGGAAUACGAGCUCGCAGAAAAGGAACCAAUAGCUUGUCGUCUCACGUCCGUCAAAGACCUUCGCGCAGAGGUUCGAGAUGCCAUGCACAACGAGCUUACGGAUAUUAUCUCGACGCAUACAUUUGUUGGUAUUGUUGACGAGCAGAAGCGUAUAGCAGCCAUACAAGGCGGCGUCAAGCUAUUUCUCGUCGACUAUGGCAUGCUCUGCAACGAGUAUUUCUACCAAGUUGGUCUCACAGAUUUUGCCAAUUACGGAUCAAUCCGCUUCAAUCCGCCUUUAUCACUACAUGACCUGCUCAAGGUUGCCGCAGAACAAGAGAAGACCAAUGCAGGCGACGCGGCGGACGAGGUAGACUGGGAUGAGGUUGUCGAGGUUGUCAAGGAGCAGUUGAUCAGUAAGGCGGCGCUGCUAGGCGAAUACUUCUCUAUGAAGAUCACCUCAGAAGGCGACCUUUGCUCUAUUCCGUUGCUGAUGAAGGACUACACUCCUUCUAUAGCCAAACUUCCUCAAUUUCUGCUACGUCUCGGACCACAUGUUAACUGGAAUGAGGAGAAGGGGUGCUUCCAAACAUUGCUGCGAGAGAUUGCGUCCUUCUACGUACCUGAAAGUCUGCCUCUGCCGCCAUCCGCACAGAAGAGCGAUGACAGCAAAGACAAGGGCACAGUUGCUGAUGAAGACAUCGAGAUUGCUAUAAGGCGGAAGAAGCUACUGCGGGCAAUCGAAUACACCAUAUUUCCGGCCUGUAAGGCUAGACUAGUGGGCACGAAAGGGCUACUCAAUGGGGGUGUGAUGGAGGUCGCAAACCUAAAAGGUCUAUACCGAGUAUUUGAGCGAUGCUGA